UAUUCUGUACGUGCAAAAUAGGAAAUCUAUACACAGCAAAAGUACAAAAAGGAAAAGAGCAAAAAAAAAAAAAGGGAAAAAGAAAUUAGAAAUUACGAGUACGUGCCAUUUUCAGUUUGUAACCGAAGCCAAUAAGGAAGACGAAGUGCUCUGUGUUUCUCCGGUCAAAGCUCUCAACUUUCGGCCAUGGCGGUCCAGUGGAUUCUGGUCCUGCAUGGCUUGGCAACCCUGCUGGUGGUGAUCUCCUUCCUCUGCGGCCACUGGCCGAUCUUCCAUGGCACUCCCAUCGCUGGCUUCCAUGACUUCCUCACCUUCGGCGCCUACGAUUACUUCCUUCGGUUCGUUGGCGUCGUGUGCGGAGAUAGAGGCACCAAUGCUGUCCUCUCCGUGGAACGCUACUGCUGCGAUCGCCCGAACCCUACCUUGCAGGUCAUAUAUCUUGCAAUAAUUGGAGUAACUUAUUACAUUGUUGCAAAGUCCUGCUUUAUGUAUAUCCCGGGAUACUAUUUAAGUGGGGUUCAUAGGUACACAAGCUUCUUGGCAGUUGCUGUAGGUCUUCUGCUUUUCUUAUGGACCAGCUUUUCUGACCCAGGGACUGUGAACGCGGAAAACGUCCAGCGCUAUAUCUCCGCUUACCCUUAUGAUAAUAUCAUUUACUCGGAGAAGGAAUGUUCGACAUGCAAGAUUCCAAAGCCUGCAAGGUCCAAGCAUUGCAGCGUCUGCAAUCGAUGCGUCGCUCGUUUUGAUCAUCAUUGUGGAUGGAUGAACAACUGUAUCGGGGAAAAGAACAUGCAUUGUUUUAUGGCUUUUCUUUUCUGGCAUUUUCUGAUUUGCAUUUAUGGGGUAGUUGCCAUUGGGUUGGUGCUUGCUGGACAGUUGAAAGAGUCGAAGAUUGUACAGAUUCUGACAGUUUAUUAUGGCAUAGAAAACUCUUUUCGCAGUUUAGCUCCACCCAUUGUGCAGUGGCUCGUGGCAUCCUACAACACGCAGAUACUCCUGAUGGUGUUUCUUGGAGUUGUAUCGCUAUUAUUGGCAGGUUUCUUUGGUUACCAUGCUAAGCUUUGUCUUACCAAUAUCACCACAAAUGAGACCUUUAAAUGGCAAGAGUACAUAAGCUGGCAGAAGAAGCUGAGAGAAGCAAGGGCAAGUGCCGCAGCACUCAGAGCGGGCGACAAUUCCAUAAUGAAUGAAGCAGAAGCAAAGCCUUCAAAACGAAAAUGUAGAUUUCUAUGCCUGGGAGGAUCCACAGUUGAGGAUUCAAAAGCCAAUAAUUUGAAGAAUAAUAGAUAUGAUAAAGGAUUUGCCCACAAUAUCAUCGAGAUUAUCUUUCCUCUCUCCACCAGAAGAUCAUUCAAGCAUUCUAAACCAAAGCGAACCUGAUAAUAGCAUUAGGAUUAAUAGACUUGUGGAUAUUCGUAAGUCCGUGCUUGUAAAGCGUUGAAUUGCUGGGCCGGCUUGAAUCAACUUGACUCUUUGGUAGGUAGCUCGAGGAAAAUCUAUGAUAAGGGCGACAGGGUUUAUAGAAAAUGGUCCGAGUUUAGUCAGUCAUAGUCUUCUCGGGUUUGAUAUCUUGCAGAAGCAGGAAGAUUUGGGCAUGGAAAUCACUUCAAAAGCUGUUUACUCUUUCAGUUGGUUCCAGGAUGCUUCAAUGAAAUGUAAGUUUGUUACAUUCUCUUUUUUUGUAAGAAGAGAGGUUUUAUGUAGAAUUUAGAUUCGUAUUCUUGAGUCUUGGAUUAUUCUGAUGUGUAACAUGUUAUAAUGGAAGUGAAAAUAUCGAUUCCUUUACUUUUUCCUUA